UGCGCACGCACUCACACUUUUUCUCACUCGCAACUUCCCUAUUUAAGACGUGUGCCCUCCGAGAUACCCCACCAUCUCAGGGAGUUGGCUGUCGGGCUGUGAACGUGUUCCCCCCAAGACGCCCACCAGGUAGGGACGGUAACGCAUCGCGCGUGGUUUGUGAGAAGAAGCGGAACAACAACGGCAAUGCCAAGUCAUUGUGACCAACAGGGCGGCCGUGGACGAGACCGGCACCGCGGCGCGCACCGUGAUGAUGAACGCCGCCCACGCGGGCACGGCGGGCGUGGCGCGGGCCGUGGCGGCGGUGGGGGGGGGCGGGUCAGGCGCGGCCGCAGGGGCAGCGGCAGCAGCAGCAGCGACCGCAGCCGCGGCAGCAGCACCAGCGACUACAGCAGCUGCAGCGAAUCUGACGGGGCAGGUGGCAGGCGCCGGCGACAGCGACGCGGCGGGAGCAAGACGGGGGCCCGCCGCCGCAGCAACAGCAAGACUCGAGGUGGCCCACGCAACCGCAGCAACAGCAGGACUCGAGGUGGUGCACGCAGCAACAGCAGGACUCGAGCGGCCGCGUGCAGUCGCAGCAACAGCAGGACUCGACCUGCCCCGCGCAGUCGUAGCAACAGCAAGACCCCGGGCGGCCCGCGCAGCCGCAGCAACAGCAAGACCCCGGGCGGGGGGCGCCGUGGGGGGAAGCAUGGCGGUGGGCACAGGAAGAAGGGCAAGAGCGGGAGCGGGAGCGACAGCGAUUCGUCGUCGUCAUCGUCGUCGUCUUCUUCUUCCUCGGAUGGAAGCCGGGCCGCCAUGAGGCGGGCUGUGAAGGACUGGAAGGUCCAGAACAACAUCAAGGGUUCCGUCGGCAAGGGGGACAAGCACCUCAGGGAGGAGAUGAAGCGCGUCCGCCAGCAGGCCAAGCGUGCCCAUCGAGGUUUGCUCGGCGCCCCCAAGAAGUGA